AGUUGCAGUUGCGAUGUGCAUCCAUUAAUUACAACGGACUGUUCGUUAAAUAUUAUUAUUAUCAUUUAGUAGAAGUGCUCGAACAAAAGAUGCAACUUUCAUUAUUUCUAAUUACGUUUCCGGCAUUCAUUUUUAAUUAUGCUCUGCCUGCCGCGAUAGAAUUGGAUCCACAAAGUUCGAAAACGAAGGCGGAGGAGCUGAGCGGCUUAGACGAUCAUGGCCACCAAAUGGAAGAUGGGAUUAAGGAGAAACGAUGCAAAGAGCUUCCGCAAUUUGACUUUUAUGACAAUAUCUUGGGUAGUCCCAUUCAGAGCUUUCCUCUAGACUUGAAACGCAGAGACCUGCAAGGCGAGUUUAUGAAGCUGAAAUGCGAUACUUGUCGGACAACAUCAUUCUGCAAGCUGGGAACGAAAUGCGACAAGUGUGACAAAGUUUGCAACCCGGUGAAGAUUAACGAACGUUCAGCGGAUCCGAAAGAUUUAGUUGGUUUGGCUCCGAGGAUCAAUGUUGAGAAUGGAUUGUCCGAGAACCAAGAACGAUAUUAUACAGUCGGAUCAUUUGGACCUGGACCUAAGCAAACCCUAUUAGCGAGACUACUGAAUAUUCCUUGGAACGCUAAGCUGGACCGACUGAUUGUGCUUGCUAAAAAUAAUGCAAAGACUGCUCAAUCUCUUCCACCUCAUCCCGUUAUCAUAGACACAGCCCACGUUUUUACCGUCAAUGAUGGAAAACCAGCUGAACUAGAUGUUGAAGUACAUAAUGUUAAAAACGAUUUGGACGAACCGAGCAAACUCACCUCUAAAUUAAACAAAGAAUUGGACGCAGCCAUUGAAACGAAAAAGAAAAUUCUUCAAGACUCUCACCUAACUCCUGAAGAAAUUGAUAAAAUCAUAGAGCACGCUAUCACACAAGGCAAUGACCCAGCUGUAAUUAUUGAAGAAAAUCAAAACCACCACGAAGACGACAAUCUUGCUUUAGCUAGAGAUUUUUCGGAAGAAGGUGUAAAGAAGAAAAAGAAGAAGAAAGGUAAAGGAAAAAAGCACGAAUUUGAAGAUGAUGAAGAAACUCCGAUCGGAAUGAGUAAUUUAGAAAACGGCAACAGUUUUGCUUCUGAUGCUAACGUAGGCAACACACUUAAUGCGAAUACAAAUUUCGAAAACAAUUCACCGAUGCGGGAAUUUGAUGAAAGCAUCCCGCUUGUUGGGAAAACUCAAGACAAUCUUGAAUCUGUGAACGAUGAUAUCUUGGAGAGUAAAUUUAAGAAGAAGAAGAAAGGCCAUGGCGGCUACGGAUAUGGAAUGUAUAGGGAAAAUGAAAAUGUAGAAGAUAUACCUACUGGAGAUGAAAUUAUUGGUAGUCAUUUAGAAGGUAAUGAGGAAAUAUUAGAGAGUAAAUUUAAAAAGAAAAAAGGAGGUAAAGGAUAUGGAAUGUACAGAGAACAUGAAUUAAUGGAGGAUAAUGAUGAUGAUCAUCAACAAAUUAUUGGUAACACAGAAACUCAAUUGAGUGGAAAUAAUGGAGAUAUAUUAGAAAGUAAAUUUAAGAAAAAGAAGGGUGGUAAAGGCUAUGGUAUGUAUAGAGAGAAUGAAGAAAUGCAAGAUGAAGAUGUAAACAUGGAAGACAUAUCUUCAAAUGACAAAAAAGAGCUCACUGGAAGUUCAUUAAGGGAAGAAAAUGAAGAUGAAAUAUUGGAGAGUAAAUUUAAGAAAAAGAAGAAAGGUGGUAAAGGCUAUGGUAAAGGAUAUGGUAUGUAUAGGGAGAAUGAAGAGAUGCAGGAUGAGCAAAUAAACGCAGACAAUAUAUCUUCAGAUGACAAUAAACAACUCGUUGGAAGCACAUUAAGAGAAGAAAAUGAGGACGAAAUAUUAGAAAGCAAAUUUAAGAAAAAGAAGAAAGGUGGUAAAGGAUAUGGGUAUUAUCGUGAAAAUGAAAACUUUGGACAAGAUAAUGAAGAUAUGCCUAACUUUAGAAGCAAUUACGAAAAUGCUGCUUAUCCUAAAUCACCGGCAAACCCUCCAGUCGCCUUCGAAGUACCUAAACAACAAUUUCACGAAGCUAAUCAACAGUAUCAAUCAGCACCUGCUUACGCAAAUUCACCACAAUAUGAAACUUAUCAACAGCCACAGACUCAUCAAGCAAAUCAAGACUAUAAUGUAAUCAGCGUUCCUGCUAAAUCUCUACCAAAGCCUGUAUCAGAUAGCCACUACGCAUAUCCAGCACCAGCACAAAGUGUUCCUCAACCAGCUUAUUCAAACUACCCGCAACAACCAGAACCUCCGGCUCCUGUUUAUCAAGAACCAUUGAAAACACAACAACCAACUUAUACACAAAUUACGGCCAACCAAAAACCGCAAGUAAAUCCUUCAUAUACUCAGCCUGCCACAUAUCAGCAACAGCAAGAACCUCAGGCAAAUUACCAAGUCCCUAGUAUAAACCAGCCACCUCCACCUCCGCCUUCCAAUCCUUAUCCACAAUCACAAAUGCAACCAGCAUAUGCACCUGAACCAAAUCAACCAUCAAACCAACAGCAGCCUUCUUAUGGCUAUCCCCAAUCACCUAUGUACAACCAUCAAAAUUACCAAGAUAUGGUUCCAAUAGAA